AUGUACGCCGCUCAGAAUAUAACGCCAACAGUUUUGGAUGCCAUGAACGGAAAUGUUUCCGAAUGGUAUAACGAAUGCGACAAUGCCAUUAGAAGGUCAGAAAUAGUUCCUGGAACUUACGAAUAUACAACUGCUGUUUCUUAUGGAAACGUAGGUGAGUUUGGAGAAGGUUCUUCAACAACAGUAGAUAUUGCUUGCGACAGGUUUCAUAUUAUUUCUAUUGACAACUCAUUCUUAUACGUGGAACAAGACAUUGAAAUAAAACCUUCUGCCAAGUUGUCUGACAAGAAAGGUUGCAAUGGAAUUUUCUAUGUCGGAUACCAAUAUGCUCCAGAAGUUUUCAUGGGAUAUAAGAUAUAUUCUAACUCUGACUUAGUUCAAACAGUAACAUGGGCAAACUAUGAAUGGUUCGCUUUGAGAAACUCAGUACAACCACAAGCUAGAGAACAAACAGACCAGUAUGCAAAUAUUGAGAAAAUAAGAAGACUUGACCCUAACGUUCCAGGAGUUUAUGUUAACCUUUCUGGUUCAGAUGGAACUGCUGCCACUAAAGUAAAACUGAAACUUAGAGUUCCUUUGUCAUCUUUCCUCAUCUUCAGGUUUUUAAGAUACUUGCCAAACUGGGCAGGAAAAAUUUCUAUUGAACUUACUCCAAGCAAAAAUAACUUAGUCAUUGCACCAACACAAGACCCAUUCACUAUUACUGUAGCUGGAACUGGUGGAGCCAAGUUCUGUGACUUUUGCAAAGACAAAGUUGACUUAGACUUUGGUUUCUCAAACUUCAACAAUGAAGUAAACUAUUAUUUCAAUGCUGCUGGAACUGCUUGGGACCCAGUUAAGUUUACAUGCGAAAAGUUUGAAUGCAAGAGAAUAGAAAGCAGACUUGCAGUCUAUAUGUUGGACCCAGAUAUUUCAAAUGCUUUAGCUGCCAAAUAUAUUGCAGUUCCACUUAUGUUCCCUAUACACCAAAUCU